AUGCUGGGUGCUCGCCUCGCCUACUUUCUGUUUUCCGUGCUCCAGCUGCUGACUGGGGUCUUGGCCAACAGCCUCGUCGUCUUUGGGGCGAGCAGGGACUGGGUCAAGAGGAGAGUGUACACCUCCCUGGAUCUCCUGCUCUCCUGCCUGGCCGUGUCCCGGGUCCUCAUGCAGCUGCUGGUUUUCUACUUCAUUCUGAUGUAUCUGUCCUUCGUGGAACCGUCGGUGUCCAGAGGCCAGUUUGUCCUGUGCAUGGCCACCAACGAGAUAGGACUCUGGCUGGCCACCUGGCUCGGCGUCUUCUACUGUGUCAAGGUAGCCAACAUCGCUCACCCGCUUUUCCUCUGGCUGAAGAGGAAGAUCUCCACGCUGGUCCCCUGGGGCAUCCUGGCGACCCUGCUCUAUGUCCUCAUCCUGUGCGCCGGCCACCUGGAAUACACGUGGCCCCUUUCCAAAACUAUUCUGUGCCACUAUUUCUCCCAGAAUGCCACCACGGUGUACACGGAGCCCUCGUUUCUCUCAUACACUUUUGUCAUCAUGGGGCUCUGGCCACCGCUGUGGAUCUUCCUGGCUGCUGUCCUGCUCCUGAUGGUCUCCCUGGGGAGGCAUGCCCGGCAAAUGGGACGCAUGGCAGCCGGAGCUGGGCACCCAAGCCGGCGGGCCAUCGCCAAGGCCCUGCUGUCCACCCUGUCCUUCCUGGUCCUCUACCUGUCCUACUACAUGGUUGGCAGCCUGCUUUCCUCUGGGAGGGUCCAGGCCGGGAGCCUGGUCGUUCUGUUCCACACCCUGAUCGCUGGGACCUACCCCUCGGCACAUUCCAUCAUCUUGCUCCUCGGAAACGCUAAGCUGAAGCAAAGCGUGAGGCUGCUGCUCCCUCGGGGCAGGUGUUGUCCCUGA